CUGCAUGUAGGUUGUGGCAUGUUUGCCUUCCUGUCGUCUGUUACAGCUGCUGUCAGUGGCCUUCUGGUGGGUUACGAACUCGGGAUCAUCUCUGGGGCUCUUCUUCAGAUCAAAACCUUGUUAGCCCUGACCUGCCAUGAGCAAGAGAUGGUUGUGAGCUCUCUCCUCAUGGGGGCCUUCCUGGCCUCGCUCAUUGGUGGGUUCCUGAUAGACAGGUAUGGAAGAAGGACUGCAAUCAUCUUGUCCUCCUGCCUACUGGGACUCGGAAGCUUGGUCUUGAUCCUCAGUUUAUCUUACACGGUUCUCAUUGUGGGGCGCAUUGCCAUAGGAGUCUCCAUCUCCCUCUCUUCCAUUGCCACGUGUGUCUAUAUCGCAGAGAUCGCGCCUCAGCACAGAAGAGGCUUUCUUGUGUCCCUGAAUGAACUGAUGAUUGUCAUUGGCAUUCUUUUUGCCUAUAUUUCAAAUUAUGCCUUUGCCAACGUUUCCCAAGGUUGGAAGUAUAUGUUCGGUCUUGUUAUUCCCUUGGGAAUUUUGCAAGCAAUUGCGAUGUACUUUCUUCCUCCAAGCCCUCGGUUUCUGGUGAUGAAAGGACAAGAGGAAGCUGCUAGCCAAGUUCUCGGAAGGUUGAGGGCAAUCUCAGAUAUAAGCGAGGAACUCACUUUGAUCAAAUCCUCCCUGAAAGACGAGUGUCAAUAUAGUUUUUGGGAUCUGUUUCGUUCAAAGGAUAACAUGAGGACCCGAAUAAUGAUAGGCCUGACGUUGGUAUUUUUUGUACAAGUCACUGGCCAACCAAACAUACUAUUCUAUGCAUCGACUGUUUUGAAGUCAGUUGGCUUUCAAAGCAAUGAGGCAGCCAGCCUUGCCUCCACCGGGGUUGGGGUCGUCAAGGUCAUCAGCACCAUUCCAGCCACUCUUCUUGUAGACCACGUGGGCAGCAAAACCUUCCUCUGCAUUGGCUCCUCUGUCAUGGCAGCAUCGUUGCUGACCAUGGGCAUCGUGAAUCUCAACCUCCACAUGAAUUUCACCAAUCUCUGCAGAAGUCUUGGUCCCAUCAACCAGUCCCUGGAUGAGUCUGCAUUUUAUGGACCGGGAAACAUGUCUGCCAACAACACUCUCAGGGAGCACUUUAGAGGGAUCACUUUCCACAGCAGAAGCUCACUUAUGCCCUUGAGAAAUGACAAGGAUGAGAAACAGGAGGGGACCUCAGCAUCCCUUCUAAAUGCUGCACUAAGCCACACUGAAUCCCAGAUUGCCACAGACCCUGAGGACGUCCCGGCUUUUAUGAAAUGGUUGUCCCUAGCCAGCUUGCUUGUUUAUGUUGCUGCUUUUUCCAUUGGUCUUGGACCAAUGCCCUGGCUGGUGCUCAGCGAGAUCUUUCCUGGUGGGAUUAGAGGACGCGCCAUGGCUGUCACUUCUAGCAUGAACUGGGGCAUCAAUCUCCUCAUCUCUCUGACAUUUUUGACGGUCACCGAUCUGAUUGGCCUGCCGUGGGUGUGCUUUAUAUAUACACUCAUGAGUCUAGCAUCCCUGCUUUUUGUUGUUGUGUUUAUACCUGAGACAAAGGGAUGCUCUUUGGAACAAAUAUCAAUGGAGCUAGCAAAAGUGAACUAUGUGAAAAACAACAUUUGCUUUAUGAGUCAUCACCAAGAGGAAUUAGUGCCAAGACAGCUUCAAAAAAGAAACCCCCAAGAGCAGCUCUUGGAAUGCAACAAGCUGUGUGCUAGGGGACAGCCUAGGCAGCUUUCUGAGACCUAAUGGCCCCAACACCUUAAAAGGGGCGUCUCUGGCCCCGUAAUUGCCACUCUUGUGUUUGCCUUUCAGUAUCAUGGAGCAAAUUUUAAAGGAACACUCUGAAAAUAUAAAGACAACCUUUCUUUUUUUUAAGUUUUCAAACAAAGUUUAUUAGAAAAAGAGAAGGAAGAAGGAAGAUUCAUGGCAGAAAGACUUGCCAUGGGCAAAUUUUUCAAAGCAGAUAAACCGCCAGGACAACCUUUAAUCCCCUCAUCCCCCAAAACCUGAACAGGUAGAUGAGGUAAAAGGGCUUCAGUGAUCUCUUUUUGAUUCUGAGCGGAAUAUCAGGUUAAAAAGAUACUGGCUGGUUCAAUACUUUCUACCUUUUUCACAGAGCAGCCUUGGAAAAGACUAGGUUCUAGUGGUGAGAUCACCCUUUGCCUUAAGCUGCAUUAUGUAUGGAGGGCAGUCUCAGCUUUAUUAUUCAGACACACAAGUGGCCUGGACAUGGGCUUAUAGUUUUUGCCUACUAUGACACUACUUGCACUGGGUCUUCUGUAAAAAAGAACCAGAACAUACAACGUGGACAAUUUAAUUACACAUAUGUUCUAUCUAGAUUAGGAGAGAACCCGGGUUAGGAUUUUAGUCAUAAUUUCUAGUUUCAGUUCAACAAGUACAAAGAUUACACAGCUUACUUUAUGAAUUAUAAACAAUUUAAUGCAAAAUAUUCUUUUAUGAAUGUCAUGUUAAUACUGUAAAAUAUUAAAAGAAACAAUUCUGCAGUAAGUUGAGCGUUUUUCCAUUAAAAAAUGAAUAGAAAAGACAAUUUUAAAAUCCUGGGACCAUCUUUAUUUAGAAAGAGCUAUUAGUAAAACAUUAGGAAAGGAGUAGGCCCUUAGGUUAUUUAUCUGAAUUGCUAAGCAGUUGGAUUUAAGUUAUUAAGUCAAGCCUAUACAAAUUCCUUCCAUGUCAAACUCUCAUGACAGUGUGUGGUAACCCAGUUUCCUCCAAUUCUUCCAACUCCUCAAGAGUAUCACUACCUCAGGUUAUGUGUAGCCCACAGGCUAUAAUCGAUGCUGACUUCCAGAUGACUGCAGACACGACAAAUGACACUCAGGCAUCAGGACAAUUCCCUCACUAUGCUCUUCUCUGUGAUGAAACCUGUACCAGCAAUGUGAGUGUCUUCACACACACAACGAUGGACUGCUCGCUUCUAUUUUUCUCCAGUUGAUUUUUAAGUCUUGGAAAGACAUUUUACUGUUAGAAUUUGGGUAUGAUAGAAAAUCCACAAUAAAGAACCUUAAACUUUGUAAUCCCAGCACUUUGGUGGGCCGAGGUGAGUGGAUUGCCUGAGCCUGAGAGU